UCAUGCUGCUGCCAGGUCCAGAGUCUCUCAUGGGUCCCUGUACGGCCUCCCAUUGCUGCUGUCUCCAUCGCCACACUCUGCCAUGUGCCACUUUCAGGUCUCCUCACACUGCUGGUGUGUGUUCCAUUUUUUGUCAUAGGGUGCUGGCAGAUUACGGGCCUCCCAUAGCUGCUGCCAGGCCCCUAAUCUGCCAUGGGCCCCUAUACCGCCUCCUCAUGCUGCUGCCAAGUCCAGAGUCUCUCAUGGGUCCCUGUACGGCCUCCCAUUGCUGCUGUCUCCAUCGCCACAUUCUGCCAUGUGCCACUUUCAGGUCUCCUCACACUGCUGGUGUGUUCCAUUUUUUG